UGUAGCGACCAUAGCAACAAGGACCUCUGGCUUAAAAGGAAUGCAUGUGAGUGUGUCGGUUAGAGGCUUGAGAAAAUGUAAUGUGCUGUCUUUCUUCUCUUCUGGUCAAACGGGAGUUAUUGCGCGUGGAAUUGAUCAAAUACAAAAGCACUUUAUUUCGGUUUGUAACGUUAAUUCUGUUCUGAAUCGUUUUCAUUAUCCUCGGUGUCAACAGAGCAGCUCGACGAUGGCGCAGGCAGCUGUCGCCACCCCAACACCGACCGAGGUAAACAGCCCAGUGUCAGGGGAGAAAACCACAACGAAAGAGGCGACAGAAAGUAGCAAACGAAAAAGCGACGAACCGGGCGAACCUGAGACAAGUGGCCGAGGCAAGAGGCGGAGAGGAGCGGGAGGGAAGAAGCUCCGUCCGGGCGAGAGAUAUAUCCCUCCUCCGCAGAAGCGGAACCUGGGGAUCAGCUUCCGCCAGGAGCAUUUCGACGAGACCUCCUACUACUUUGAAGGUGGCCUGCGCAAAGUGUAUCCAUACUACUUUGACUUCAAAACGUACUGCAAAGGUCGGUGGAUUGGGAAGAGCCUUCUGGAGGUGUUCAAGAGUGAGUUCAGAGCUGAGUCCAUAGAAUAUUACCAGAGGGCUGCCAAAGAGGGUCGCAUCCGGCUGAACGAGACACCUGUGGAGGACCUGUCUGUGGUGCUCAGGAAUAAUGACCUUAUGAAGAACACAGUGCACCGUCAUGAGCCCCCUGUGGUCGGCAGACCCCUGGAGGUUCUGGUGGAUGAUGGUGAAGUGCUUGUGGUCGACAAGCCUGCCUCCAUCCCGGUUCACCCCUGCGGCCGUUUCCGCCACAACACAGUGAUUUUCAUUCUGGGAAAAGAGCGGGGCAUCUCUGAGCUCCACACAGUCCACAGACUGGACAGGCUCACCUCUGGAGUGCUGCUGUUUGCCAGGACACUGGAGGCAUCAAAGAAACUGGACCAGUUGGUGAGAGACAGACAGCUUGAAAAGGAGUAUGUGUGCAGAGUAGAGGGGGAGUUUCCAGAGAGUGAGCUCAUCUGCGAGGAGCCCAUUCUGGUCGUUUCCUUUAAAAUUGGACUCUGCCGAGUCGACCCGAAGGGAAAAGAGUGCAGAACGGUCUUCCAGAGGCUAAGCUUUAAUGGAAAAACCAGCGUGGUCCGCUGUUUACCUCUGACUGGCCGCACACACCAGAUCAGGGUCCACCUCCAGUACCUGGGCUUCCCCAUCCUCAAUGAUCCCAUCUAUGGUUCCUCAGCCUGGGGGCCUCACAGGGGGAAGGGGGGACUGGUGGGAAAAAGUAAUGAGGACCUGCUGCAGGCUCUGGUUGAGGAACAUCGCUCUCAGGAAAGUCUUCACCUGCUGGAUAUUCCAGAUGAUGGGAUUGGGAUUGAACAAGAGGCAGAGAAAAACAAGACAUCUGAGAAAGAAGAUACAUUGGAUGGCACCUCUGAACCUAACAAAAGUGGAGAGAGUCACCAGAUUGACACACAGGUGACGACCGGUUGUAGCUCAAGCAGUGAGACGGUGGAUAAGGUGAGUCAGGGCUGCACAGAUUCAAACGGUAGCAAAACCUCGCUUGAAUCUCAACCUACCAAAUCAAAUGGAAAUCAAACGGAAGCAGCAACUCACAAAACUCCACCAAAGACUAGAGACCACCUGUGCAGUGAAUGUAAGUUAGUACGACCAGAUCCCACAGAGAAAGAACUCAUCAUGUAUCUCCACGCUUUACGCUACAAAGGAGCUGAUUUUGAGUAUUCCACACGCUUACCCGAUUGGGCCAAAGAGGACUGGGUCGAGGCUGAUUGGAGCUGACCGUUGAUGACUUUCACGUUUAGGUUACUGCCUUCAUGCAUGUUUAUUUCAUACAUUUAAAAGUGUGAUCAGAAAUCCUUUAAAAUGAUUUGCUCUGAGGCAGUUUAGAUUUUUCUGUGAUGCAAAUGUGUCUUAGCAUAUGCUGUUUCCACCAGAAUUGAGAAUGUAGAAAUAUGUUUUCCUCUGGCAAGUUGUUUUCUGCCUUAAACAUACAUAGAACAUAGCUUUGUAGUCAUUCUCAUUUUUACUUUGUUUUAAUGUUAAAACCUAUAGUUUUAAUUUAAUUUCAUCCCUUAUGCCUGUAAUCUGCUCAUUACUCCAACCAAGAUAUAUGGAAUAAAUUAAAAGACAUGCUGCAGGAAAAUAAAUGUUUUAUUGAAUUUCAGUUUUGUGAAAAAUUAACAACAUUGACACCUGUAAAUAAUAGUGGUGGUGACCUUUUUAAGUUCUUCUGUUCAUAGAAAGCCUGCGAUACAUUUUUUGUUUGACUCUAAAGCAGUUUAUUUUCUACAGAGUGAUUUAAAAUGAUGGCUAAUUUAAGAAUUGUGAUUAUACAGUCAAGAUGUCAAAAGCACACAUUUCUUGCAAAGAGAAAAGCUUGAAAAUAAUGCUGCUCAUAGGCACAUUAGAUA